GCUGCUCCAUUUUUAUUAGAAAUCUCAGUGGAGGAAAGGAGGAAUUGAGAGCUAGUAAAUGAAUCAGUGGAUCUGAGAGAUGGGGUUUGCUAGUCUAGGGUUCAGUGAAGACCAGAUGGAGAAUUUGGGUUUUAGACAAAGAAGGAAUUUAGGGUUUCUGGAUUGCAGUUUGGGGUUAAUCAAUCUUGAGCAGGGAUAUAGAUGGGCAUUGCAGGUGAAACUUGUGAUGUUCAUUUGGUGGAAUUGUGUGAUGGAGAAUCACAAGGGCAGGAAUUGGUGUUGUGACAGAAUGGGUCAAGAAUGGAAAUGGAGGAAUCUCAUGGUGCAAUUGUGGUGAAGUUGAAGGUGACCUUUAACUACUCAAACACGGUUUUCCAUUUCGAGCAUUUUAGCCCUUAACCCAAAAUGGAACUGGUAACUUUUUCCCAGUCUUUAUAAUGGGUAUCAUACUUCACUCUAAUCUUCAACCUCUCUUCAUUCUGUGUUUCUUUGGAAAUGGAGAUCAACCUAAAUAAUGAACCUGAACCAGAAUUUGAGAUCGUCAGCCCAGAAUUGGAAAGAGAAGAUGAUAGAAUUAUACCUACAUUGCUGGGGAGGAGGCGUUCACGAAGACAGAGAGAUGAAAUUAACCAAAUGGAAGGAAGUACAUCAUCGGCUGGACCUAUGCAUGUUGAUCAUCAACAACACCCACAAACCCUCCAUCAACAGCACACAUCUCAGAAUCUUCAAGGAUCUUCAUGUCAACGAAUUAAGUGGACAGAUGAAACUACAAACCUGUUGAUAAAACUGGUCUAUUAUGCUGGAGAGGAAAGAAAAUCUGUCAUUUUGCUCAAAGGGAAAUGGAAAGCCGUUUCUCAAGUUAUGUCUGACAAAGGAUUUUCCGUGACUCCUAAACAGUGUGAAGAUAAAUUUCAUGAGCUGAACAAACGGUAUAGAAGACUAAUUGAUCUUCUUGGUUGGGAUGACGCUUGCAAGGUGGUUGAGGAUCAUGCAGUUAUGAAGACGAUGGACAUCUCACUGAAAGCUAAGGCGGAUGUUUGGAAAAGCCUGAAAUCAAAACAUUUGUUUUUUGAAGAGAUGACUUCAUACUACAAUGGGCAUCUACCUUCUGAUCCAGAACUUCGAAAAUCUCUGCAGCGAGCUCUUAGAAGCGAUGAUGAUCAUGAUACUCGCAAUGUACUAGAAGAUGUUAAUGAGGAUGACAGUUGGACCCUAGAUAAGCAUGCCCAACACACUAGUGAUUCAGUCCGUGAUCGAGUUCCUCUAGCUAUCUGUGGUCCUAUCUUGAGUGGCAAAUCCCCUCCUCCUGACUUUCCUGCCGAGCCUUAUCAGUUUUUGGUGGUUAAUGCUGAUCAGACCACGAACCAAAGGCUUCUUGAUGCUGCUAUUCGUGAGAAGGAGUUGGCAGAUAUGGCGAGUCUUCGGGUUCAACUUCAAAGGGAGCAAGAACGCGCCCGAGGACUUGAGACGCAACUAGCUGAUGCCAAAGCCGAGCAAGGGAGGGUCAAGUCCUUGGAGGAAGAGAUUGUUCAGCUGAAGAACAAUGAGGCCCAGCUGAAUGCGAAGAUCACCAAUGCUGAGGCUGCUACUACUGAGUUGGCUCGUCUACUUGCCAAAGUGAAAGAGGAGUACCGGACUGAGCUUGCUGCUAAGAUCAAAGAAGGUGUGAAGGAGUUCAUUGAUAACAUAAGAAGAGAGCUAUAGUUGCUGCGAAGAAGUCGGGCUCGGGACCGAUUCCUUCGACCGAAUAAUCUGUACCUACUUAUAAUCUGGUAAUCUUCGUUCAGAUUCAUUUUGAACCUAAAUGUUACUGACAUUGUCUUAGGGAGUAAUAUAUGUAGGCUACUGUCAUUAUGUCUUUAUACCAUCAAUCCAACUUUAAGGGAGUGUUUUCUUACUUUCUUAUCUUUAAGCUAUAUUACUUUGCUAACUCUGCACCUUGUUAUUUGGUUUAUGCAUGGGAGUUGAAUAAGUAAAUGCUGACAUAAUUGUGGAAAGUGAGGGCUUUUCUGGUAGUAUCAAGGGAAUGUAUUUUCGUGUCU